GUCGUAGACUAAAUAUUUGUUUUCAUUUUCACUUACAACCCUACAUCAAUCAUCUAAAGAAAACGUCGCAAUGGCUUUAGCUUUUCAAAGAGAACAAGUUGGUGUUAAGGUAACAACAACACCUGUAACUGUUCCUGAUGAUCCUAAAGCAAAAUUGAUGUAUUAUCUAGACUGUAUUGCUACGGUAUUAGAAUUGGAUGAUUUGCCGAGCGAACUGAGAAAUUACCGGAACUACCACUCACUGAAUGGUGACAAGACAGAAAUCCUUCUCAAAUUUUGUUUACUUCUUAACCCCGAUCUUUUGGACGGAAAAUGCAUUUUCGAAGCGAGUGAUUUGCCGAAUUAUUCGAAUGAGUUUUUAGAGCUAUCUUCGACGAGAACUACAAUGGUAGCAGCAUCCGGUGUGAUGAUUGGUGGAAGAAAUGUUCGAGUCGCAAAAAUCAUGUUGUACUUACCAUCAUGGCGUCGCAACAACUUUGACGAACCAUUGGCUGCGAUGACUCGACGACUAGCCGCACGCCAAGCAUCACGCCAAGCCCCGCGUCCAGCUAUCACUUCUGGCCGUAGAGAAAGAAGUGAAGGAUGUGUCAUAUUAUGAAGGAUGCAACCAUAGAUCACUGCCUUUUUUUAUAAAUAUGCUCAUUAGAAUAGUUAAUUUAAAGAGGUUUAUUAGAAUAAUUAAUUAAAGACGUUUGCACAUUAAUCAUUAAUAUAUACAAGGAAAAUGAUGGAAAUGUAUACCUUAGCAUAUCUAAUAAAAACAAGCACUCCAAGUAAUGUUAAAUUGUAAUAAUUAAAAAUGAGAAUACAUUUGUUUUCACCAAUAAA